AUGGACCUGAAGCCAUGGCCGUAUGGAUGGGUGGACAGGUGGGUGGUCCCCGGGGUGGGGUACUAUCCCAAGCCUCUUUCUCAUCUUGCCCUGGUUCUGAUUGCGCUUUCAGAAAUUGCAGGCUCACGCGUCAAACAGGAGACGUCCUGCAUGAUGGCCUGCAAAGAGACAGCAGGGACACAUCUCCCUGUGGGCACCAGAUACACCUACCGGUUCUCCAGCAACACCAGCACCAGCCUGAGGGGGGUGCCACUGGAGACAAGUGGCCUGGGUCUCCAGGGCUUGGCCAUCCUUGAAGUGCUAGGCCCAUGCCAGAUGACCUUAUGGCUUCCAGACUUCCAGGUGACAUCUGUUCUGGGGUCCCAGGUGAAGGUUUUGAAGGAGUCAGCGAGUUUGAGCGCUGCUCUGGGCCGCAAUCCUCUUGGCUUCAUCUUCAGUGCCAGGCACGUGGUCCACUUGUGUCCCCACCGCUCUGAGCCACACUGGGCCUUGAACGUGAAGCGAUCGGUUCUGAGCCUUGUGCAGAGCUGUCCAGGGGUCCACAAGUCCAAGACAUUUGAGGAGGUAGACAUCCUGGGCCGGUGCCCCACCACGUACCAGAGCCAAGGGGAUCAGCUGCUGAAGACCAAGGACUUGUCGCUAUGCUCUCUGCGCACAGCUCGCUCCUCCCUGAACACUCAGCCCCUGCCUGGGAUGGUAAGCUCCAGUCUAGCUUCCAGCUUCAGCUGUCGGCAGAGCUUCCAGGCCGGCGUACUGCACCAUGCUGCCUGUGAGGAGCUACACACGGCGGGACCCCUGUUCCAGAAGGCCAGGGCUGUGCACACACUGGUGCUGUCCUCCAUCACACUGCUGCACACGGAAGUCCGGGACCCAGCCAUCACAGGGCAGAGACAAAAGUACCAGUUUGCUGUCUGCCCACUGGAAAGUGCGCUGGAGGCCAGCAGAUUAGCAAAGUGGUGCACGUGUGGGAAAGAAACGUGGUGUUCCCAUGGAACAGCCGCAGAGAUAUUCCUGAUGCUGGUGUCUGAGCUCCGAGGCCUUUCCGUGGAUGAGCUGACUGAAGUCUGGCAGCUUUCAUCUUUUAGACGUCAUGAUGAUCGGCAUCCGCUGGUAGAUGCUUUGCCCUCCUGUGGCUCCCAGAACUGUGUGGGCCUUAUGAAGCAGCUCAUCUUGGCUAGGGAGGUGAAGGCAGACCAGGCAGAGGCAUGGCUGUGGUCACUGGCCUUCAUCCCAAAGCCAACAGAUGCCAUGGUGCAUUCACUGCUGCCACUGUUGCAGUCGCUGGGCGCCAGCCCGGGUGCCUUCCUCGGCAUCUCAGCUCUGGUACACAACCUCUGUGCUGGUCUGGAUGGGCACUGCCAACAGCAACCUGGGGUUGGAUCCCUUGUGAAGAUUCUGGGAGAGGCUUUGGGCAUGAACUGCAGCUUCCCAGAGCCUGCGGAUGCUGACCAGCUUCAGCUUGUGCUGAAGGCUAUUGGCAAUGCUGGACUGGCGGCGGCAGCUCUCGCCCCUGUACUGAGCACCUGUGCAUCCCUGAGGAGCAGCUCUCUGGAGAUCGGGCUGGCGGCUAUCCAGGCCUUCCGGAGGAUCCCUUGCUCUGCAGAUAGGUCAGUGCUGUCUCGCCUGUACCAAGCUCCCGAGGAGGACACAGAACUCCGCAUCAACGCCUAUCUGGCUCUGAUGAGGUGCCCCAGUGAGGAGGUGUUUGCCCAGGUGCGGCACACACAGGCAACUGAGCGGUCCACCCAGGUGGGCUCCUUUGUGUGGAGUCACAUCCUGCAGCUGCUGGAGACGGAUGAUCCCCUGAAACGUGACCUUCGGGACUCCCUUUCUAAGGACAUCCUCAGUCAGCAGUUCCAGACGGAAACCUGGAAACACUCAUCUUACUCUGAUGUCACCUUCCACUCAACAUCUGGCAACCUGGGAGGCAACCUGGAGAGGAUCCUCCUCUUCUCUCCCAGAUCUUUUCUCCCUUGUUCUGCCACGGUGAACCUCACUGUUCAUGCUGCUGGCUGGGCCUUUAACUUGCUGGAGCUGGGACUCCAGCUGGAAAGUGCAGAGGACAUCAUUGGCAGUGUGCUGGGCCGCAAAUCCUUCUGGAAGCAGGAAGAGAAGAGAGAGACUGAGCCAGGGAACCCUUCAGGGCCAGAGCCAGGCCUGGAUGGCUCUGGCUGUGCGGGGGAAAGAUCCAGAAGGAUGAAGGACCUCCAGGAGAAGGUAGCCCAGUGGUCUAGGGCAAGACGGACACCAAGCUGCCAUCUGAAUGUCAAAGUGUUUGGGCAUGAGCUGAGUUUCCUGGACUGUGGGCCUUUGGGGGGCCUCAGGAGAUGCUGGUCUCUCCCCCUGGCUGAACUCGCCAGAAAACUUCUCAAGGGGCAGGAGGUACAGGUGACCUGGAGGCUGAGUCUGGCUGUGGGAGAACUCUUCUUUCCUACAGUGUCUGGCAUUCCAGCCAGACUUACUCUACAUGCCUUGGCUACAGUCAGCAUCCAUGCCCAAGGAGUGGCUGACUUCCAGCAACUCUCAGAUUUCUCCCUGAGGGGUCACAUCAAGCCCAGUGCCCUCCUUCAGGUCUUGGCUCAGAUGGGCACUGCAGGGGCCCUGGGGCAGGCUGGGCUGAGAUGGUUGACCCGCGUCCGUGGCGCCGCCAGCUUAGAUGGUGGGAUCCAAGCUAGGAAGGGUCAGGACCUCAAAGUGCAUCUGAAUGCCCCAGAGGACUCUGUGGAGCUACUCAGCUUCAGCUCCAGGCUGUAUCUUGUCACUGGGGACAGUGUGAAGAACUUAACUGAAGGUCACAGCUUCUCUGAGUCCCAGUCCUGUACCCACGAGGAAGUGUCCCAAGUCUGGGGUUGGCAGCUGUGUACUAAUGUGGCCUGGCCAGGGCCUGGCCAGCCCUUCUUGCUCUCAGCACCCAUGUUCAUGGAUUUGACUCAGAGGAAGCAAGACCCAGGACUGAAGCUAUACCUGCUGGAAGCUGCCUACACCUUCCAUUUCCAGAAGGACAGCUGGCUCCCUGAAGAAGCCACAGCCCACCUUUUCAUGGGUACACCCCAGUCAGAAGUGGCCAGGGACGUUGGGCUGGAAAUCAGCUACAGUGUGCCCCAGAGGAAGUGCUGGCUCAAGCUGCUGCACCCCAAAAAGAAAAUUCAGCUGGAUGGUAAAAUGGAGGUUCUCAAGAGUGCACACAUGGGCCAUCUGGAGCUGGUACUUGACGACAGGGAUGUCUAUUACAUCAAGGGCCAGAGUCACCUGCAACCAGAGUCAGGCAACAAGACACAAUGGUUUGAGGCCCAGGUGGAGGCAAAGCUGGUGACAGCAGGCAGACCUAUAGCCCUUGAUGGAAACAUCACGUGGCAGACAGGCAGCAGGCUGUCCAUCUCUGUGUGUCUGAGGCGCACGUUCAAUGACCGGACUCAUGUAACAGUGUUGCUGGAGAAGAAGACAGAGGCUGGGCUACAUUCGGCCAUUCUGGACAUCCAGCUGCAGGUCCCUGGUGUGGUAGAGCUCCACAUACAGGGCCUGCUGGAGCAGCAUGGUCCUGUGGGAAGCAGCACUCUGAGGAUCAAGUAUGGCCUCCUGGGUGAGACGAGGCAUGUUGCCCAUGAGUGCAGUACCCACCAGAGGCUGAGGAUGGAGAAUGGCCCCAAGGACACCCAUGAGUUGGAGCUGGCCCACGAGUUCCACUGCACACAGCUCCCGAUCAUCAGUCACAAGGUUCAGCUACAGCACAAACAGGACCUGGACCACCUACGCUGGCAGCUGGAGGCCAGCUACGGGGAGCAGUGGGCUGCAAGAGGCAACAAGAGAUUCUUGCGUGUCAGCCAGACCUUCAAGAAUGAUUCGGGACUAGCACUCCGCAAUUACUUCCUGGAGCUGGCACUGCAGGUCCCAGAGAGGUGAGUGGAUUGCCUCAUGCAGCUGUACCACUUGAGCCUCCAGCAGCCCCAUAUCGAAAGCAGCACAUACCUGAAGGUGCUGUUCAAUGGGCAGCUGCCCUUUGUGGCAGGCUUGCACUGGAAGGACACAUCCAAGGCCACCCUGUGGAGAUGGGAAGGAGCCUUGAACUUGGACAGCCCAUGGCUAACAGUGUCUGCAGCUCACAGGCUCAACUGGCCACACUGGGCCAUGUUCCAGGCUGUCUCAGAGCUGACACUGGCCAAGGCCUGGACUCUCAAGGAUUUGGUGGUCAGCAUGACCUGCAGGAGGCAGGGCCAUGACAGGGAAGUCAAGAUCCAGGUGUACACUGAAGCCACCACCUAUCUCUGGGUUUCCAUGGUGACAACCUUGAUGCCAGGCCUCUUCCACAGCAGGAAUGAGCUUGAGACAGCCUGGAGUACAGCUGUGCAGAGUGAGAUUCAUGCAGAGAACAGCCAGGACAGGAAGGUCCUGCACUGCUGGCUGAAGAGUCUCCAAAGGGAGCUGAACCUCACCGCAGCCUACAAGCACGCACAGAAGCCCCCAAAGACCCAGGUGCUGCUGACAGUCCUGGGGACUGGUAUCCUGGGCCAGCCUCAAGGCCUGCAGCUGAAGGGAGAGCUGGAGCGGCUGCAGUGAGGCAAGACGGUGUACUGGAAGCGAGGAACACUGCUCCUCAGGCACCCCUGGCACCUCCUGAUCCCUCAGAGCCUCCUCUUGCAGGGGACCUUGAUGGUGGACAAACAGCGCCAGCAUCACUCCCUGGAGACCAAGGCUAUCCUGAAUGGCCAGGAGGAGAUCCUCCACACUGUGGUGCUGGGCUUCCAGGCUGGACACCCCUAUAUCUGCACAGGCCUGAGGCACCCCUUUGAUGAUAAGACUAUCCCCAGGAGCCUGGAGGGGUGCCUGGUGGCUUGGAAUCUGAGCAAUGCUAAGAACAGUGAACUCAAGGCUACAUUAAAAGUCAACCAGAAAGUCAUUCUGUAUCUGAAGGGUUUACACCAGGGCAGCUCUCAGCAUGGAAGGAUCCAGCACAGUGUAGCUUUGGAUGCCACCCAUUCCUCCCAAAUCCUCCACUUGAAUGGUGGCUUUGACCUCACAAGGCAUCCUCGACAAGGAGCAUUUGACUUCAGUGUAGAUGUACAAGCUUCUAUCAACCACAACGCCACAUCCCAGGUGCAGGCUGCCACAGUAUGUCACAAGGAACGCAGAGUGGACAUGUCCCUGUCUGUGCAUGUGUCUGGCCAUGUGCUGCUUCUGCUAGGGGUGGACACUAGCAAGGAACGUAGGAGGAGCGGCCGGGGCUGGAACAUGAAUGUCUCCCUCCACCAGGCUGUCUUCAGCACCCCCAGAGCUCUUCAGCUACAGUUGUCCUCCAUGGUCACCCCAGCAAGGGUACAGCUAUUUUCCAAGGUGCUGGUGGACCAGGACUCAGCACAGUUGCUCCUCAAGACAUCUGAGGGAAGACGGGGAAGAUGGGGAGUCUGGGUCCUCAGCCUGUGGAGCAUGGCCCAGCAUUCAGUGGCUGGCUGGACAAAAGUGCCCCGUGUCCUUAACCAGGGUGUGCUAAAGCAGAAGAUGACCUUCAGAGAGGGUUCCGUUAUGGUGGCCACUGACUCAGCCAUGCUGAGCUUCCUCCUGCGGGAUAAGCAUGAGGAGACAGGGAACAGCAGUCUGCACAGCAUGACCUGCACGGUCACUCAGAAUUACAGCCAGGCCUUGCCGGCAGAGCUCCGGCUGAGAGGGCAGCAGCAGACCUACACUGGAGCCCUUGGGGGCCAGGCCAGCAUCCACAGUGACUUGAUCAGCCUGGCCUUGAUGGGACCUGCACCUGGGAUCUGGGGACAGACCUCCAAGGCUGGGGUGCAAGUGACCAGUGCCCAGGAGUCCUCCAACCGCUCAGCACAGAUGGGAUUGUGGAGUGCAAACUGUCGCCUCAAUGCCAGCCUUGACCCCUCAGGCCCCACCAUGCCCAGUCACCAUCAUGGGGCCGUCCCCUCCUCCAUACACGGCCACAGGCACAUCCAGGUCUCCGUGGACACUUGUGAUGGUGCUGCCAGCUUUGAGCACUCCAAACGUAUCUCAACAGGCCCUCUAUCCAUCAACUGCUCUAUAAACUACUGGGCCCAUGACGGCCGUCUGGAGCUAUGGGGCCACUGCCAACACAACAGUGAGGUCCUGUUGCAGGCCGGACUGCCAGAUGAAAACAACAUGCAAGCUGAGCUACAGAUACAGGGUGAGCUUAGAUCCAGAGGGCAGUGUGUUUCUGAGUGCCUGCUAGGCCAACAGCUGUACCCGCCAGCACUGCAGAGCACAGAUAAUGCCUGCCUAGGCUGUUGUCCCCAUGGGCCACAAGUUGCUGUGCCUUGUGAUAUGAUGAAGACGCCCAGCCAUGAGGGUGGCAGGCAGGAAUGGGGUGGGGCUUCUCAGAGGAGGGUCCGGGGAUGUCUUGUGAUGGAUGAUAUCAUGGAGGCUUGGGAAGAGACCAAGACUUGGGCUCACAUGGUCCUCCGCGGCAGGGACGGCAAGGUGAGUGUGGAUGUGGCAGCCCUGCUGGCUUGGCUGCCAGAUGGCACACUGGAGGCGACAGUGAACACCAGCCACACGGUGCAUGCUUUCCAGAGACUGGGCCUGCCCUCCAGCAGCCAGCUACUAUUCCAAGAAUACUGGACCACGGAAGACAUGAGUUCCUCACUGCAAAUCACUUGCGACACCCAAGAUAUUCUGUCCCUCCAUGUCCGUGGCCAGAACCGUGCCAACAGCAAAGAGCUGCUGCUGUGGGGUGGGCACCACCUCCCUGCUCUCCUGGACUGCUGUCCCCACUCAGUCUCUGCCACAGCCAAGCUCCGGUACUCCAAGGAUGAGACCCAAAGCACCUUUGUACUAGAGAUGGAAGAGCGCCGUUUCCAUGUCAGUGCCGGUCUACUGGAUGCUAAGGAUGGCCUAGCCAGCGUCAUCCGGCUGCAACAGACCUUCCCCCAGCUCAGCACCCUUCCCCCAGAGCUGGCCCUGAGGACCGUGUUCCAGAGGACACGAGGCACCCACAUCCUGCACCAGGUGGUGCAAUGGAAUGGCAGGGAGGCAGCCCUCAAUGGGAGCCUCUCCGGGGCCCACUCAGAGCUCUUGGGUGAUGUCCGUCUUCAGGUGGAGCUCUCCCACCGGCUGACUGUGUCCCUGCCACGUCACUGCAGCCUCCACCUGUCCUUGGAGUACUCAAGAGACAGCCACCGUGGUGACCUGUCUGUGGCCUGGGACAAUCAAGACCAGGUUCAGCAAUCAAGGGACAGAAGCUCACCUGUGACUCUGGAGGUCACCUGGGCUGAGAGGUCCUCUAUGCACAGUGUGGCCUGGGAUGGUUGCCUAGCUCAGGCCCCUGGCUCCUGUUCUUGUCAGCUCCAGGGAACCAGGGGCCUGGGCCCUCUGCAGGCCUGUGGAGCCCUGACUCAGACCCCAGUCAUGUUCAGUGAGGCACAGAGAGCCAGGCUCAGGGCAGAUCAUUUACAGGGGGCCUUGGCAGCUAUGGCAGUGCAGUUCUGGAAGCAUCAGCUGCCCCAGUGGGACAAGGUCUAUGCAGAGGCCACCCUAGAGCACAUCCUGUCGGCCCCCUGUGCCAAGCACAGCUUCCAGGGGACAGUGGAAACUGACUACACACACAAGUUAUGCCACACCCUCCACCUGGGGCUUUGCAACUUGCCUAGGGCCCUCUCAUUCUCUGGGGAGCACAGUCUGGACCAGCGUGCACUCCUACUGCGUUCUCAAUGCCAGCUGGGUCUUGCUCCAGACCCUGACCAGGGCCUGCACUUUAGCCUCGCUCUCUACAACCACAGCCGACCUGAUGCACCGGACUUCUGUGGGCAGCUGGAGCUCCGAGGCCCCAGGGCUCAGCAGCUCCUCCUGUUGGGCCAUAUUGCUGCCUCAGCUUCCCAAAGCAUGGUCCAGCUGGAGGGCAGCAUGGAUGAAGACAAGAAACUAAGGCUGUUGGUGUCCUGGGCCCUGAGCUGUCUUCAGGCUUCUGCUGCCCAUGUGGAAGGGAACAGAGAGGAACAUGUGAUGCUACAGGCAUGCACCCACAGGAGAGCUGUGGAGGUGGAGGCCCUGCUCCAGAAGAGUGGGCAGCGUGCCCAGCCGCUGGGGCACCUGACCCUGCAGCCAGCCAACCAGAGCCUCCUCCUAGUUGCGCAUGGCUGUCAGGGGGCCCUGCUGAGUUACAUGGAGUCCAGGAUGACAGCAAUGGGCUCCCAGGUGCGAGCCCAGCUGGAAGAGAAGAUUCAAAGCCUGGAUGACUAUGUGAGCGGAUUCUGGAACCUGGUGGGUAGUCCCUGUGUACAGCCGGUGGGUGCUCUGGACAGAGCAGCAGAGUGCCUGGUGCAGCUGACCCAGGUGGGGCUAGGCGCUGUUCAGGCAGGUGGCCAGGCGGUAGCCACCUUGUGGGCCCAAGGUCAGGCCAGGCAAGUGCUGACUGGUCACCUGCCUCUCUACCUGGAGCGGCUGCAGGCGGAGAUGGACCCUCUCUGGGGCCUUAGGCGAUUACCUGUUGCAGAGCCCCUGGCCACACUGAAGGAGGCCUACUUGGAGGUGAUGCUGCGGCCCCUGGAUGAGGUGUGGCGAGAGCGGGCUGAGGAGACCAGGCAGCAGCUGCAGGCCUGGCUGCUCCGGUUGCCAGGAAGUUGGAGGCUAAGGCCCAUCCAGGUGGCCCUGGGAGCCAUGAUGGGUGCCCUGGAGCUGGCCACCCACCAUGCACUGUCCUGGGCUGAGGCUGAGGUCUCCUGGGCCCUGAGGCGGCUCUACAAACCCUUACGGAGCAUGUACAGUUACUCAGCCAGGAACCGCUCUGUGGUGGUAAGGCUACCACUCCUGCAGGUGGGAGACGGGCCCCUGGAUGUGGCCCAGGGGGUCAGUUACCUGGUGGAGGAGAAACUCCUGCAGCCACUCCGCAGGCUGUGUGAGGCUAACGUGCUGGCUGAGUUCUACGGGCUCCGGCGGCGUCUACUGAGGAGCCCCUUCAAGCAUUACAAUGCUGUGGUGGCGGGCACCAGAUACCUGGUGACCUUUGAUGGGCAGGUGUGGGGCCUGGGUCCCUGCUGCGGCAGCUUCCUGCUAGCCAAGGACUUCACUCAUCAAACGUUCUCUCUGAUGCUGAGCCGCACAAGCUCAGGCUUCAUGGCCCUUCAUGUAGAGCUGAACCACACAACCCUCAUCCUGUAUCCUAGCCUAAAGGCUUACACGCAGUAUGACAGCUGCUGGAAUUUAGACCCUCCUCCUGCUGUGCUGAGCACUGGGCCCAAGGUUGUGCUGAGCAGCGAGGAUGGUGUGUCUGUCUCCUGUGAUGUGCCAGCAGGCCUCUGCAGCCUGACACUGGGCCUGUGGCACCACGGUGUAUCUGCUGGCCUUCUGGGUACCAAUAACAAUGAGGCAGAUGACGAGCUAAAGCUGCCCGAUGGCACGGAGGCUGCCAGCCUGGAGGAGCUCACUCGGGCCUGGCAGGUGGGAGAGAAUUGUGGUGCUGUGGAGAGGAUGCAGCAGCCAUGCUCAGGACACAGCACCGCCUGCCAGGCCUUCUUCCAAGAACCCAGCUCCAGUCUGGGGAACUGCUUCCAGGUGGUGGACCCUGCUCCAUUCCUCAGACUGUGUGUCCAGGGUACCUGUGACCCCAAGGAGCUGCAAUCUGACUGCCACCUAGCAGCUGCCUACAUCUACCUGUGUGCCCAGGACUCUAUGCCCUUGGCCCUUCCUCUGCAGUGUGUUUGAGAUUUUUGCCCAAGUCAACACAAGGCGGCCUUCUACCCCAAUUUCCUGGGCGAGGUCAAGGUUUUUGGCUGGAAGGGGACCACCAGUGCAGAAUGCCAGCAACCCAAGACAAAAGCAACACUUGCUGCCUAGAGCAGAAAGGAAGAGCUGAGGACCAGCCCCACUCUAGUGUCCCUGGGGCUGAGGGACACCCAGCUGGCCCCAGGAAUUCAUUCUGCAACUCCACUGGACAGAGUCCAGGCCAAAGCACACACCCCUGGGAAGCAGCUCCACACCAGCACCAACACUCCCCCAGAAACUGAUUCUGCAACCUGAGCCUUGGGAUGGCAAUGGCCUGGAGGACACAGGCUGCCUGGCACAGGCUUCCCCUGCCACCCUGGGGAUCUCAGAAGGUAUGCACUUCCUGGAGGGGACCUGUGGACUCGAGACUGGUUAGGGAGCUUCCUUCUCUAGGAUGAACACACAAGAUGCUUCCAGGGCAUGGGGAGAAGGGUCCUUUACAAAGGACAAGUGGUAUUAAUAGAUGGGGGUUUGGGCCACUAGACAUCAGGGUUUUUUGUUUAUUUCUCUUGGGGAAUAGUCUUUUAUUAAGUUUUCAACUGCAAAAUAAAGCUGUCAGAAUUCA